UUGACUGAAACUUUACAGUGGUUAUAAAAGAUACGGGGUUGUAAAGCUACACACUCAAAUACUCAAUCACUUUCAGGAAAGUAUAUUGGAAUCUUCGGUAUUAGAAUUUUCGGGCGACACACUUUUGGGAUUUAUGCCAGCCUCUAAAAUAUAAGAGAGGAAGCGCUAAAACCAAUGGAUUAUGACUCAUCCAAAAUGAGGAGCUGCUGAGACCUUGUCAGUUGAAGGUCAAAACCUGGGGACUGAUAAUGUAUCAGUGAUCGAGGGGGAGAUGGCGACCAUCAGCUGCAGGGUGAAGAACAAUGAUGACUCAGUCAUCCAGCUCCUCAACCCCAACAGACAGACCAUCUACUUCAGAGACGUCAGACCCCUGAAGGACAGCCGGUUCCAGCUGGUGAAUUUCUCCGACAACGAGCUGCGGGUGUCUCUGUCCAACGUGUCACUGUCAGAUGAGGGACGCUAUGUGUGCCAGCUCUACACAGACCCUCCUCAGGAGGCCUACGCAGACAUCACUGUGCUGGUCCCACCAGGCAGUCCAAUCAUGGAUUCCCAAGAGGAUGUGGUCAGUGAGGGGAACGAGACAGAGCUCACCUGUACAGCCAUGGGCAGCAAGCCUGCCGCCUCCAUCAGAUGGAUGAAAGGAGAGCAGGAGCUGACAGGCAAGAUGACGGUGGAUGAGACCUACGACGGGAUGUUCACAGUCACCAGUCGGCUGAGACUCACCGUGUCCAAGGAGGACGACGGAGCGCCAGUCAGCUGUAUCAUCGACCACCCAGCCGUGAAGGACCUUCAGGCACAGAGAUACCUGGAAGUGCUAUAUCAACCAGAAGUGAAGAUUGUUCAGGCGUUCCCUGAAGGUUUAACAAGAGAGGGAGAGAAUCUAGAGCUGACGUGCAUAGUAAAUGGCAAACCACAGCCCCAUCAGAUCAGCUGGCUCAGAGUGGAUGAUGAUGUGCCGUCUCACACCGUGAUCACCGGCUCUGACCUCUUCAUCGAAAACCUCAACAAGUCGUACAACGGCACGUACCGCUGUGUGGCCUCCAACGCCGUGGGAGAGGCCUACGAUGACUACAUCCUCUUCGUAUACGAUGCUCCUACCACGAUCCCCACACCCACCACCUUGAACCUAGACAACACCCAAGACUCCAGAGCUGGCGAGGGGGCGCCACAGAAGAUAGACCACGCUGUCAUCGGAGGCGUGGUUGCCGUGGUGAUGUUCGCUAUCCUCUGUGCACUCAUCGUCCUGGGGCGCUACUUCGCCAGACACAAAGGCACCUACUUCACACAUGAAGCCAAAGGGGCAGACGACGCAGCAGAUGCAGACACGGCCAUCAUUAAUGCAGAGGGGGGACACAACAACACGGAAGAGAAGAAGGAGUACUACAUCUAAUGUUGAGAGGCCAGGGGGGUGUUAUGGUGGGGGGUCCUGUAGGAGCACUAAAUCUAACUCUGAAUGGGCCGGAGGGGGUGGGGGAGAGGUGGAGGACGAAAGGUGCAGCUGAGGAGGAAAGAGAGGUGGGGAAAGGAGAAGAGAAAAGGAGAGGAAUGAUGAGAAUUGAAGAGGAGAGGAAGAUUGGAGUGGAUGAGUAGUGGGAGGCUUCAUUGCUUCGUCGUGGAUUCUCCCAUCCAACCUCUCCUGGACUGCUGGGUCCCAUUCUGUACAGUUCAAUUAUUUUACAGACAAUUUUGUGCCUUGUUCUAUUUCUUUUGUAAUUGUUGCCCCCCCCCCCAAACCUGUUGACUCCACCAGUUCCUAUUUGCUGCAGUUAUCUUUUAGAGGAGAUGACACAGCACUUCUUCUCUUGUUGUCCUGCAGCUCCAUCUUAGCUUGUGUACCAGGCUUUUAGACGCACCCUCUCUCUCGCUCUCUGUGUCUCUCUCUAUGCUGUGUACUGUAGAAGCAGCCAACAAUACAUUUGAGUAAUUUCCAGCUGGAACCUAUUAUAAACAACUCUUAUCAAUAUCAAACUAUACUGUCCCUCUUAACUCAAUCAUAAAUAUGACCUCUCCUGCUGUAUCAGACAUCCUGAAACAUCACUUUUAUUUUCAUUCUGUGGUUAAAAGACUGAAGUUGCUGCCAUGGUCAUAAGACUUGUUGAGUUGUGUUGUCUUAACUGUUACGCUAAGAGGUUCAAACCCCUUAAUGAGGUCACUAGGUGUGGGGUUAAGGUCACAAUAUGGUUAACUCUGGGUCAUCAUACUCAUACCCUCAAUGAUCAGUAAAUGACCAAUGUAAUAGUAAUGCUUGUACAUGUGUGUAAAUACAGUGCAUAUAUUACCCAGUAUUUUCAACACAGAUUCAAUUCUAGUUGAAAGAAUACUAUUCUACAGAUAAAACAAGUUAAAUUGUGUUAUUAUAUACUGAAUUUAAUAUAUUGAAUGUAUAUUUAGAAACCUUACAUGGACCUUCAAACCCUAUUUUAUUGCUGUCUUAGGCCAGGGAUCAUCAUCUAGAUUCAGCCGCGGGCCAAUUUCUUCAUGAGCGGAUAGUUGGGGGGCCAGAACAUAAUAAAAAAAAUACUUUUAGACUGCAAAUUAACCGCAAGAAGCACAAAAAUAUUAUUAAUAAUAAUAAUAAUAAUAAUAUUUCACUAAAACAUAAUAAUUUCAAACUUUGUUUACAUUUGGGGACAUUGCUCUGCAUAGAGGGCCGUCUUUUGGAUGGGACGUUAAAACAGGUCUCCUGCCUCUGUGGUCAUUCAAAAUCCCAUGGCAUUUAUUGUAAGAGUAGGGGUGUUCAUCUCAGUGUCAUGGUUAAAUUCCCAACCUGGCCACAUUCCAUCAUGGCCACCUAAUCAUCCCCCGCAUUGCUAAUCGGGAUCCAAUUUUCUAAAUUAAAAUCACUUGAAGCUGAUUUCCUAGAAUUGUUAUAGUCAGUCUUAUGUCCAACAAUGAAAAUCCACCCCCCCCCCCUCACCAAAAUAUAUAUAUAUAUAUUUUAAUUAUUUUUCAUUUUAUGCUCAGAAAACUUGGGGGGCCAAAUAAAACCAUCCGCGGGCCAAAUUCGGGCCGCAGGCUGCCAGCUGGGGAACCAACCCUUCCUUUAACUAGUCUGUGGGCUCAGGUUGCUAUUGAGAGGAAUAUACUGUAACUCAGUAUGAAAAGGGAAGAAAAUAUGUUACUUUUUCUUUAGAUUGAAGAUGUUUUAAUUGUUAUGACAUCUAAUUAAAACAUCUUCUCAGUCUCUAUUUUCAAACAUUAGCUAGUACACAAUUCUGUAUGUAUUAUUUUGACUGACAUUGUAUAUUUUAUGGAUAUUAGGAUACACUUUUAUAUAAUUGUUGCGUUACUUAAUGUUUUGUUUUCAAAUUAGAAAUGUAACAGAACACUAAUGGUUAUUGCUCAAUGAGCAUUCCUAAUGUCUGUGAAUAAUAAGUUAUUGAAGAUCCCCUAGAAGUUUUGAAUGGGGAAUGAGUAGCAUGGUUUCCAUUUCUGCCAUGUUUCCGCUUUUGAAGUAAAUAUACAGAUUGCUGUGGAAUCCCUGUAA